UUGGUGGUUGGAGUUCCCUCCACGCGCGCGUCUACUUCAGGACGUGGUGAUGCGUACCGCGCCACCACAGCGUCAUGCAGGAGGGAGCAGUGCACCCAUCAGCAUCUGAAGGGGGGAGACUCUCCAUCCAUGAGGCGUCCCCAGCUUUGAAUCUGCGCUCCUUCCUCCCGUCCCUCCUCCUCCUCCUGACAAACUCUGCGCGCGCGCACUUCGGUAAGCGCAGCGGACGGAUCCGGACUGUCCAGAGGAGCGUCGGAUCAAGAUCGCGCGGAUGGUGAGGCGUGUUUCCUCUGUUCCCGUCUCAGCCGUUGUUUCGUUUGCGCGCGGGCUGAACGAGGGGCGCGAGGAAAACCGGGGUGCACCGAGAAUCCGCGCGAGAUUCCGCGGAAGUUUCCGACUUAAGUUCUUGCGUAAAAAAAUUUGGGCUGUAGGUUCAACCUGAAUCAACCUUUGGUCUGUUUUUAGCGAAGUGAAGUUUUUUACAAAUGUGACCGGGCGCGCGCUCAAACCACAUCCCUGCAACUGUUUGCGUUUGCAGAUUGAACGAACAUUUUGCGCUAAACAUCACAAAAAGAGCGCAAACUUCCACCGUCCGCUUCGUGCUCAUCCUUUGACUUCAACCUCGCGCUCGCUCCCGUCCGUGUUCCAGCUGACGCGCGCAGCGGGAAGACCGUCCGUCACCUGUGAAGGCAGAGCCCUCCUGACCGCGCACAAAAUGCGCGCUGACCUUUGUUGUUUCCCUCCACACCCCCCACAGCCCCACACCCCCUGCCCACGCACCGCAGGGAUGCUGUAGGACAAGAUUCAUCCUCUCUGCCAUCUCACGCGCUCUGCUGUCGCCCGGGGUCACAUGCUCGCCGCAGCGCGCUGCCCUCUGUGGCUCUGUGGUUGGAACAGAAACAAGGGGGGAUAAUGGACUGAAAGAUGGAGAAGACAAAGAGAAAGAGCAGCUGCAGGCCUGUAAAUAUGCCUGAUGUUGCUGCUGCACCUUCAUUGAGAGAUUUUUGACACCCACCUGCACCCCUCAUCCCCCCAUCCCGCCUUCAUCACCAACUUCUUGCCUCAUUUUGUGCCUUUUGUUUUUCACACAAGGCAUCGCCUCUCCUGCGCCGUGCCGCUGGCUGUGUUAUCAGCAGCAGCAGUGCCCGUGCACACUGAAUUUACAACUCAAACCUGCCAGAGGAGCGUGCACCACACCGUUUAAUCUGAGCCUGAUCCUGUCCCGAGGCUUCCCUCCCUCCUCAGAACCUUUAUUGUGGAGCGGAGACAAAAGCCGAGACCAUCUGAAGCCUGCGGCCCCCUUCCAGCUGCUGAUGAAGUGUCUGCGGUCCUGAUAGAGCAGCAGGAUGUGGAGCAGGGGGCCGAUCACGACUGGAAAGGAAAACAAAACCUGUGGCUGAGGAACUGUGGGACGUUCCUUCGUCAGCCAGCUGUGCGAGCCGCGUGUAGAUGGUUGGACUGUCAAACCCACAUGUGCUUUUCUGAGCUGCUGUUGGAAGGGUCUGGUUAUCAGCAGAUGUUCACGCAUUUGCUCUGUUCCUCGGCCUGCUUCUCUGUUGUCCCACAGCAAACGGAGAGCCUGCCAGUCUGCAACCUCUGGAGUUUAGGAGGAAGUUUGUCCCCCUGAUGAGUUCCUCCUGCGUUUGGACUCAAACAGAACGUCUCCUGACGUCAGCUUGAUUCCUCUCCCCAUCACCCGCGAAGCGAACGUCUUUGGUUUGACGCCGUUUGUGAUUAAUGGAAGAUCAAAAGCCCAGCGUGGAACAUUCCUGAGGGGAUCCGUGUGCCGGGGACACAUAAACACCAUUAAUGAAGAGGAGGCAGAGCGCAGAGACACGGGGAGUGUGAGGAGCAAACAUCAUUUUGUCAGAAUGAUGAUCUAUAUUCACCUGUGGCUUUGAUGAUGACGAUGAUGAUUGCCUUCGCAAAGCCACUCUGACUGAUGAAGAGACAGUUUGCACUCAGGGAUCUUGUAUGAUUGCCUCCCAUCAGUUUGCAGACGGAUGGAUGGCAGCAGCGCCUUUUCGUUUUUUUUCCCCUCACUCCAUGUGGAAAAAACCUCCCAUCUCCCUUCGCUCUUCCGUGCCCAGUGGCGAGAGCUUAGAAGUGCACAAAGGAAAGUUCUGCACUCAUGAAGACAGCUAUAUUUAUCUGGAUAUGUAGCUCUCUGCUGGGCUUAGAGGCUUAAUUACCCACAAGAAGGAAGCAAAAAUGAAAUGCAAUUAUGCAACAGUGUGCAGGGAGCUCCAUGUGCUGGAGCUGUUGCAGAUAGGAAUAUCACUGCUAUCGUUCCUCAGUCAGUCUAACCUUUUUUUCAUGUUUCCCUGCAGACAGAAAGGGUUUUUAGGAAAUAAAUGCAGAACCUUUAAACUGUUUAUUCAAAGCACCUAAGCUUCUUAUGUCAGAAAUGUCAAACGAUUCUGUUUCUCCUUUCUCGCACAGGUAAAAUGUUUCUUGGAGUGAAAUUUUUAUAAAUAUACCCUCCAACUGUAAUCAACAUAAUCAGCUUAGCUUGGCUCUUAGGAAGGGAGAUAAUAUUUACUGUGGCAGCAUAUAAGUGAGGUGUCAUUUUCCUCCUUUAACCUUCAUGUUUUCUCCUUAAUGCGCCUUUUUAUUUUGAAAAAUUGCAGGGGGACAAAAACAAGGCGGCAAAAGUCCCUUUCAAAAUCCACCUAACCUUCUUUUUCAGUGUCGCUGACCCAGAAUGCUCAGAGCAGAGGACUCCGGCGUGGAGGCUGCCGCGCACACAUGAAGCUGGAGAAAUGACUCAAAAUGAAAUCUCAUUUGGCGUUUCUGUCUGUGCUUUCCCGGCGGCCUCAGCGUGAAGGAUGCAGAGCCGGAGGUGGGGGUAGGAUGGAGUGCUCCUGGAAGACGGUGCUGCUGCUGGUUUGUGCGUCUCUGGGGGUCCAGUACACGGCCAUCCGGACCCUGAGGGACUCGCUGUCCGGACCCUGUCGGGGAGCCUACCGCUGCCACGGCAGACGCCACGGAGAGCCGCUCUCCAUGUGCGACGGUGACUGGAUGUCGGUGGAGUCGCCGCGGAAACACAUCCUGCUGUUUGCCACCACGCGCAGCGGCUCCUCCUUCACCGGACAGCUCCUCAACCAGCAUCCGGAGGUCUUCUAUGUCUUUGAGCCGCUCUACCACGUCCAGCAGGCCUUCACCAAUUCCAGCCGGAGGAUCCGCCGCGCGCUGGACCGCCGCGCCCUGCUGGGGGCCUACAGGGACCUUCUGCUCAACCUGUACACCUGUGAGCUUCACUUCAUGGAGAACUACAUCCGUCCCGAGCCCCAGGACCACGUCACCAGCUCCUUUUUUCGGAGGAGCUCCAGCCACGCCCUGUGCUCUCCUCCUGUUUGCUCGGAGGAGGAGGCAGCAGCAUCUUCUGAUCUCCCCGAUGAAACCUGGUGCCCGAAGAGGUGUGGAGCUCUGAACCUGAGCUCCGCCUCGGUCUCGUGCCUGUCCAAAAGAGUCGUUGCAGUAAAGACGGUGAGGAUUCCUGAGGUGGGAGACCUGCGAACGCUGAUGGAGGACCCUCGUCUGGAAUUGAAGAUCCUUCACCUGGUGAGAGACCCCAGAGCCAUCUUGGCCUCGCGCAUGACAGCGUUUCCAGAUCAGUUUCGUGCUUGGAAAAUCUGGAACGUGACCGGCCGCCAGCCCCGCUACGUGGACCUGUCCCAGAUUACCAGCACCUGCAAGGACAUGGCGGCGUCUGCAGAAACAGGCCUGCAGGGACCAGCGUGGCUCCACAGCCGCUACCUGCUGGUGCGCUAUGAGGACCUGGCUCUCAACCCAGAGACCAAGGCGACUGAGAUCUACAGGUUUGUGGGGCUGGAGAUGGGCCAAAGAGUCAGGACGUGGAUCUCAAAGAACACCAACAGCAACGCGUCGGCUCAGGCCAACUGGAACUACAGAUACUCCACGGCGCGGGACUCCAGGGCCACAGCGGAGAGCUGGAGGCUGCGGCUGGCCUUCGACGUGGUCCGAAAGAUUCAAAGUCUGUGCAGCCACACGCUGGCUCUGCUGGGAUACAAGCAGGUUCAGUCUGCAGCCGAGCUGCGAAACCUGUCGGUCAGUUUAGUGGAGCACAAACCCUUUCAGCCCCUCACACGGUGAUGGAUCAGAAACCUUCUGCCUCUGAUUUAUUCAUUAAAAAGGGAUUUUUAUUUAUUCAGGAUUUCCUGUCCAUCAAGAUCCCGAUGGAAAAAUAAAACGCAUCUUAAUUUUGAAAGAUGCCGAAAGAAGAAAAGCAGAUUUUUAUAACAAAACACUAAAGUGCCAGACUUUGAGAGACGCUGGGUAUUAGAUCAACUUUUUUUUUUUUUAUCAAGCUCCAGUUCACAUCUGGGUUUGUCUUAAAGUGUGACACAAAGAGCAAAAGAGCAUCUAGGAACAGCUUUGCUGGUUAUGAUUGUCAUAAAGCAGGAGUCUGUCGGAACAAAAACGGUGGACUGUGAGGGGUUGCAGUCAGAACUACCAGACGUUCCUGAAAAUCUACGGUUGGUUUGAUAUUAUUCAUCCAGGUUAUGUUCAGCAUGGAAAGAAACGUGUCCUUUGUGCAAAAACUGAUGGGGAAAAAACAAAUGGACUCAAAUGUUUUAAAUCUUUGAUGAUUUAAAAACCAAAGAACUAAAAUCCAAAGCAGUGAUUUUUAAUUAAUUUUUGUCUCCUGUGAAAAGAUCUUAACCCAUCUGGAACCUUCCAUUCAUCUGAUUAAAAGUAGAAGCUCAUGUUCUCACAAGGAAGACUAAAAUGAACUGAUUAAAAAAAUUUCACAUGAGACAUUUCUGUCCUCUAAAAAGGAUGGAGAAGAUAAAAGAGGACCAACUGUCAAAGAAUAAGAGAUAAAAUAAUAAUAAGAGAAAGGCUGGAUGAACAAAUAGAGACACAGGUCUAUGUGCAUUAAAACAUUCAAGCUAAAAUUUUCAACAAAACAAAAAAAAUCUAUGAAUUCUCCCAAAUAAUCAAGAAGAAAAUCAGGACUUACAGCCAAAGGCAAAGAAAAGUCUGCAGCCUUUCAUGACGCCAACACACAGACAGAUAAACAAGUGUUAACUAAAGGCUGUCACUCACAGGAAAACCCGUCAUUUGUCAAUUUAGGAGGAAAAAUAGAGAAAAGUUGUGGUCUUUAUGAGACAUUUUCACACAUGCAUCCGCGUGAUUAAUGCUGUUUAUCUGCAAUGCAUUCCUGAUCUGUGCGCCGUAUACGUGAUAUGAAAGUUAUACAUCACUGGUUCCUGCAUGAAAAGUCUAUUAGACAAACGUGGAAAGACACACAUUUGUGUGUGCAUCUCACAAAAAUCCGAUUCAAGAUUUAAUUGUGUAUAAACUACCUAAGAAAAAUGCAUAAACUGGGUAAUUCUAAAAAUUCUAAACAUAGACACAUCAGAAAGAGGAGGAGAAAGCAAAAAACCAUCUGAAAAAGUCACGUCCAGAACAAUCCCAGCGGCUGACGGAGGCUUACGGGAGCCCGCCGCCGUUAGAGACCGGCGUCCAACGUAACCAGCUGGUGUUGGACUCGCCGUUUCCGGGAGAUCGCGUCAAUUAGAGACUGGCCACUAUUGAAAGACAUACAGAAUGCCGUAUUUAGCCAAAACUAUGUCCGUUUUCUCGGACAUAGUUUCUGCAGAGCAGCAGGAGGUCAUCAGAAAUUCGCCUCUGAGGUGUGGGCGGGACUGUGGGCUGAGACCGCCGAAUGUAAGAAGUGCCUGUGCCUCCUCACAGUGUCACAUUUACCCCGAUAGAGCAUGUUUUACAUAAAUAAACACAAUGUGAGGCACGAACAAUGUUUGGUCCACAUCAGAGACCAGGCAGGCUUCUCCACUGCCUUAAAAACCGGACCAAACCCGUCAGUCACUCAUCCAAGAGAACAAAGGAAAUCGAGGCUUUGUGUUUUUCUCCCCUUUUUUUUCUUUUUGACACCUCCUGCUGAACACUCACACCUUCAGGCCCUGAAACAGAAGUGACGUUUCACACCUUCAUCCUGAGAGCUCCUUCUGUAUCGCCUGCUUCUUGUUUUGCUCUAAUGAGGAUUUUGCUGUAAAUUUGCAUCAAGAAGUUCUGAUGAAUUCCUAUUAAUGAACCUAAAAACCCUUUUAUUUUAGGUUUUGGGUCUGUUUAACCCGUCUAGAUGUUGAACAAAAGAGACCCCGUGGUGUUUCCAAUGAACUUUGAACUUUUCCAGGUGAAAUAUCCCUCUCCUUUCCGUGCAGAAGCGGCUCUGGCGGCUUCAUUCCCGUGUGACUGGAGUUUCCGGACAGAACUCCUCACAUUUGGUUGCCUUUAAAGCGGACGCUGCUUUUCGCAGGCAUGUUCCUGUGAAAGCGGCCAUUCUUUCCACCUGCCAGUUGUGAUCUUUUUAGCUUGUAAUGCUGAUGAAAGCCGUGGCAGAUUGAUGGAAGGUAUGCAGUCUGAUUUAGACAGCCAAUCUACAGCGUGUGAACUAUUAAAUCUAAGGGGAAUCUGC